CUUUGUUUAGGUACUUUGGCAUAGAGAAGAGCUCCCUGAUAUGGAACAGAGUACUCUGGGCCUGUUUGUUUGCCUGUCCUCCCGUUUAUCCUCCUCCUCCUCUUCUUCUUCUUCUUCUUUUCCCUCUUUUCCCUCUUUUCCCUCUUUUUCAUCAUCACCAUCAACACCCCGACCAUGGACGACGACCCGAGCCCUACCGCCCGUCCUUCUAGGAUCCUCGACCGCGCCAAGGCCGGAGAUGACACCGUCGUCUGCAAACGCCGAUGUCUCGAGCUUCAGGCUCUCUAUCGAGACAUCUCGAACAGCAAAAUGAGCCACCACAUCACCCUCAAGGCCGAGCUUGAGACCCCCAAGAUCGAAGUCCCACCCCCCGCCUCGGUACCGGUACCUAUUGCCCCGGACGACCAGGCCGUACCGCCGCCUCCGCCCGCCCAGCGUCCUGUUCCCGAACCGACUCCUCCUCGACCAGCUGAGACCCUGCCGUCCCUGGUGAUAAACCAGCCGAGUGCCGCUAGCAUCGACGAUCCGCCCCAGGAUGCGCCGGCGGCGCCAACGACAUGCGCGUCUGACGAGCCAUCGUCGGAGCCGAUUCCGGUGCAGCCGCCACAACAGCAUCUUCCCAAAGGAUCUGGGCUGAACCUCGAGCCCGAGACGCAGCCGCACCUUGCACCGCCGCCGUCUUGGGAAGACACCCCAAAGAAUAUUGACGACAGACGUGCACCGUGGGAUUGGCAUUCCACGCACGAAAUUCUCACCUCUAUCCUCCGUGCGGUGAACCCACAACAGGAACGGGCGUCUCCUCAUUUACAACAACUACAACAUCUACAACAUCUACAACAAGAUUGUCCUGAUGGCCAUGUUUCCCAUCAGCCCCCGUCGUCGGUUCAGCCUCUGGUCUGUCCUCUUCCCCUCGCACUCCGCCCCGCCGCCGACAAAGCCGGCCGUGAGAGCCACACGCCGGGCCCGAUGCCCGGCUCUCUCCCGCCCCCGUCUGAAGAAACGCCGGGAGGCGGCGAUGAGCAUGAGCAAGACACUUGGCCGCCCCAAGGCGGUUCCGAGCCUCCCCACGCCGAUGCAGAGUCGGCGUUGAGCCACAUGAAGGGUUGGUACGUGUGGUGGCUGAGAGAGCAUAGGCGGAGAAGGGCGUGCCGUCCAGAACAGGGAUGAGGACACUUUAGCGGAUUGCUGUGUCCUCUAAAAAGCCGAUGUGUGUUAAAGCUUGAUAUUAGCUACAUCGUAGACUCGCAUCACCUAGCAUAGAUCUUUAAUGUCUGUCGUUACUUGGGCUCGCGAAUUCGGCUGUCCUUGGACGUCCACUUGAGGCCACUGCAGCGAGU